AUGAACCGGUCAGCGCUGGAAUGCGAGACGGACGCGGGCGUACCCGACUCAGACAAGCUGUUCCGGUUUGUGGUGCACGGGGUAUUACUCAACGCCAUCGGAGCAGCUGGCUUGCUCGGCAACGGCCUCUCCGUUCUAGUGCUCUCACGCCCGCAAAUGCGCUCGUCCAUCAACUGCCUGCUGAUUGGCCUCGCCGCCUGCGACACAGUGCUCAUCCUCACCUCCGUUCUCCUGUUCGGAAUCACAGCAAUCUACCCGUACACAGGCGGCCUACGGUACUACUAUUACAACGUCUGCCCGCUAAUCACACCUUACGCCUACCCAAUUGCAAACGUGGCGCAAACCAUGUCGGUAUACCUCACUUUGAUUGUAACGGUCGAAAGAUGGGUGGCUGUGUGCCACCCUUUCCGAGCCAAAGCCCUCUGCACGUCAUCGCGCGCACGCUGGUAUGUCUUCGGCACGGCAGCAUUUGCGUUCGUUUACAACGCGCCGAAAUUCUUCGAAGCGGAAGUGAUCACCGUCAGCGAUCCUAUCACGGAGGAAGUUAUAUACUGCGUUCAGGCCGACCUCGACUUCCGAACCGAUAAAUACGUCGUCAUUUAUAUACACUGGAUGUAUUUAGUGGUCAUGUACAUAGUCCCUUUCUCGGCCUUGGCGGCGUUGAACGCCUGUAUCGUCCGGCAAGUGAGACGCGCGCAGGCGGAACGCGCCAGGCUCUCAAGAGUACAACGACGUGAACUUGGACUGGCUACGAUGCUACUAGUUGUGGUUCUAGUAUUCUUCCUCUGCAAUAUACUACCACUCGUCACUAACGCUUUCGAGGUCUUCUUGGGCGAUGAAUUUGAAAACCUAGACCCACUGGUGAAGACAAGUAACUUACUGGUGACGAUAAACAGCAGCGUGAACUUUGUGAUUUACGUGAUCUUCGGGGAGAAGUUCAAGCGGGUGUUCUUAAAGUUGUUCUGUGCGGGUCGUAUUCGAGCGCGAGGCACUCGAGACUCUCCUGAGCACACACGAGAUGACUCCCUAGCGUCUUGUGGGGAACGUAUGUCGUUGCGUCUGGCACGGAAUGGUACACUGGCACGUUCUGAACGCCUGAGUCGUAUGCGGCCGCGACGGGCAUCUCCAUCCCCCGCAGUAUAUUAUCCUGCCCCACCACCGUCGUCUCAAAUGACGGAAAUGACAGACGCGGUAGGCUCUCCUGCGACAACCCCACCUUCGCCAGGUCGCUGGAAUGGACACACGCGUCUGCCCUUCUGA